GCGCGUAAGGGGACGUACAGUGACGUGUACGCUACGUACGCUUUAUUAAGCGUCUUCCCGCGCGAUCUCCUCCUCAGUCGCUCUGCUCCUUGGCGGUAACUGUCCAUCCAGCCCUUUUACUUAAUUUCCAGGACUCGAAUUCACUGCCAUGUCCUCUGAAGAAGGGAAGCUCUUCGUUGGAGGGCUCAACUUCAACACCGACGAGCAGGCUCUGGAAGAUCACUUCAGCAGCUUCGGGCCAAUUUCUGAGGUGGUCGUUGUCAAGGACCGGGAGACUCAGCGAUCCCGGGGGUUUGGCUUCAUUACCUUCACCAAUCCAGAGCAUGCCUCAGAUGCCAUGAGAGCCAUGAAUGGAGAGUCUCUGGAUGGUCGCCAGAUUCGUGUGGACCAUGCGGGCAAGUCAGCCAGGGGAACCAGAGGGGGUGCCUUUGGGGCCCAUGGGCGUGGCCGCAGCUACUCUAGAGGUGGUGGGGACCAGGGAUAUGGGAGUGGCAGGUAUGACAGUCGACCUGGAGGAUAUGGAUAUGGAUAUGGAAGAUCCAGAGACUAUGGUGGCAGAAGCCAGGGUGGUUAUGACCGCUACUCAGGAGGAAAUUACAGAGACAAUUACGACAACUGAGAUGAGGCAUGCCGCACCUAAUGUAGAUACACAAGGAAUAAAACUUCUGAUCCAGGAUCGUCCUUCCAAAUGGCUGUAUUUAUAAAGAGUUUUGGAGCUGCACUGAAACAUCUGUUUUAUUCUAUUUUUCAAUUGAGCUCCCAAGGUAGCUUGUUAAAGACCUUUUAGAAAGCUCCAUGUGUUUUUAUUUUUAGUUUGGGUUCUCAGCAUUGGUCCUGGCAAAAAAAAAUAUGUUUGACCAGACUGAUUUUUUCCCCCUCUCCCUCCGAAAUAAUGUGUGUCUAAGGACAUUUUAAAAACGUGUACACAGUGUUUAUCAUGGAAGCAAUUUCUAAAUGUAACUACAAGAAAUCAAGAACAUGAUUACUUAGAGGUUUUUUUUUUGUCUGUUUUUGUUUUUUACUGAAGAUUAUUACUGCCCUGAUUAUAUAGAAGUUUCUUAAAAUACUUGUGAAUGUCAUUUUUUUAAUACUGGAAGAAAAAAUAUUCUGUUGUGUUUCAUGUAGCGUUUAGGAUGUCCUUCAUGGAGCUGAUUAAAAAGAUGAAACCUGAAAAU